AACAGGACCAGUUUUGGGUAGCAACUAAGGGCAGCAGGUUUCCUGCCUCACCUCUGGCUAGUGGUGAUUAGGGACACUGAAGGGAUUACCCAGGGCCACUGGCAGGCCAAAGGCUGUCCAUCACAGACCACACCCCACGACUUCACAAAACCCAGCAAGUCUCAGCUCCCUGAGGAGCAGUUAUUUAAGGAGUCGGACUGUAAGAAGGAAAGACUGGAGGCAUCGUCUCAGCAUUCUCUGAAGAAGGCUCAGCAUGAAGGUCUUGCUGUUGGCAGCGAUCUCAGCCUUUGGUCUGCUGAGGGCCGAUGGGGCCUUGUGGAAUUUUGAAGAAAUGAUCUGGAAGAUAACUGGAAAGGAAGCAGCAUCUGCUUAUGGCUUCUAUGGCUGCCACUGUGGCUGGGGAGGAAGAGGAGCCCCCCUGGAUGCAACAGACUGGUGCUGUGCUAUUCAUGACUGCUGUUAUGAUCGUCUGGAAAAACUUGGAUGCUGGCCCAAACUUCAAGACUAUGAUGCUGAAUACUUUGAUAAAUAUAUCAUCUGUGGGAACCAAGAUGACUGUGAGACUCAAGUCUGUGAAUGCGAUAGAGCUGUGGCCUACUGCUUUGCAAGAAAUCAGAAAACUUACAAUACGAAAUAUCUAUUCUAUGGCAAGAGGAAAUGCCAUGGAAAGUCCCCAAAGUGCUCAGAGCUCAACUAUCAUCGCAUUUGACUGGGUUAGCUAAACUUGCACCCCCAUCCCAUGCCCCCGCCCCUACCCUGAGAUGAAGAACAAACCCCCCUCUGCUCAGAGUCCCUUCUAGCUCCAGAUAGGAGCCUGCAACCUAGGGCAGGUGUAUCUGAUCUCCCCCUUUCUCCUAAGCAGCAGGAAAUUUCCCCAUUCCCACUCUUCUUAACCAAGUCCUACUCUCUCCUUAGAAUGUAGAAGCAGCAUUCCUUGGAUUGUCUUCUCAAUAAAGCAGCUUUAACUGGC